AUGAUGAGGCUAUUCGGUAGCUUGUUGGCCUCCUCGAAGGCAUCCAAGCAUCCUCUUCUUGUACUAGAACGAUCACUUGCUGCAUAUCUCGCUACUAACAAGCAAUAUGCCUAUGAACCUCGGUUCUUUUCGGCUCAACCACAAAGUGCAAUACCUCAAGAAUUCAAGUUUUCGCAAACGCAUGCUGGUGAUAAAAGCGUCCAAGAAAAUAACAAAAGUGGAAUCCAUGUUAUGUCUAUACAACAUGUGAAGCCUGAUAAGCCAACUCCCCAUGAACUCCGAUUAUACAAGCUUUCUGCAUUGGAUCAAAUCAAUAUUCCCUCCUACGUUCCAUUUAUUUUCUUUUAUCCAAACAACGUUAAUGGAAACACCAACAUCAACAUCGACAACUUGGUGAUUGAAAGAUCCAAACUCUUAAGGGAUUCAUUGUUGGAAACACUCACUCGAUUUUACCCAUUUGCAGGAAAGUAUAUGGACGAUAACAAUAUCGUAUGUACUGACGAAGGUGUGCAUUAUGUCGAGACACGAGUUGAUGGUGAUCUCUCAAGUUUUGUGGCCAAACCAGAUUACACUUUACUCCAGGGGCUACUUCCCAGUCCCCUAAACUGUAAGGAGCCAACACUAGGACAAUAUCUGUCUCUGAUCCAAGUGAACUUCUUUAGUUGUGGAGGUGUUGCUAUUUCCAUGUACAAUUCACACAAGCUUAUUGAUGGUCGCACAUACUCUACGUUUUUAAAUGCUUGGGCGUCUGCAGCAAAGUAUGAUGAUCCCCAGAAGAUGGUUUACCCUAAUUUUGUUUCUUCGUCUCUAUUCCAUCCCAACACGAAUGUAGCUUCAAGUGCAUCUUGCCCUCUAUCAUUCUUAGCAGUAAGGCCUGCGAUGUUGAAACGUGGAAAGUGUUCCACCAAGAGAUUUCUGUUUGAUUCCUCGGGAAUACAAACACUAAAGGAGAAAGCAGCUGCAUCUACUUCUGUCUCCCCCACUCGUGUUUUAGCAGUGACCUCACUGAUUUGGAAGUGUGCGACAGCUGCCUCAAGGAGUUUACACGGAGAACGACCUUCCAUUUUGCAAUUUGCCAUGAAUAUACGAGGAAGAUUUGCGCCACCCGUACCAGAAAAUGCGAUUGGGAACAUCUGCUGGACCGGUGUAACUCGUUGUGAUAAAUUAAAAGACAGUUUAAGAUUAGAGACCAUGAUUGAGAAUAUUAAAGCUGGUAUAGCGAAAGUUGACAGUGGAUUUCUUGAGAAGUUUAAAGGCGAACAAGGGAGUGAUUAUAUUGUUGAUGAGAUGAUACAGUUAGGGGGUCAGCUGUCAACCUAUGAUGCAGAUUUCUACUCAUCCAGCAGCAUGUGUAAUUAUGGGUUUAAUGAAGUAGAUUUUGGAUGGGGAAAGCCAGUGUGGUCAUGCUAUGGAAAUUUCAGGGAUGAUAUUCCUCUUUAUGCCAAUGUCAUAAUAUUGAUGGAUACAAGGAACGGUGAUGGGGUUGAAGCAUGGGUAACGUUGGGCCAAGAAGAAAUGGAGAUACUCGAGAAUGACCCUGACCUCCUCAGCUCCUCUUAUAUGCUUCUGUCGAGCCUAGUCCUCUUCAAGCUUGAUUAA